AUGAGUAUGGAAUCGACGAUUUUGACAAAACCAGAGUGCCUUGUUUACAGACUGCCACCGCGAAAUUCAGUCAGGGGGUACCGAGCCGCCGACUGGGGGCUUGACAAGCCAGCCUGGACUGGGAGAAUGCGAGUCACUGCCAGAGACGAAAAAGUUUCAAUCAAGCUCGAAGACACGACAAAUGGACAGCUCUUCGCCGAAUGUCCAAUCACCGAAUACCCAACGAAAGACAUCGAAUCCGUCAACGACUCGUCGAGAUACUUCGUUUUAAGAAUUCAAAAUCAGGGCCGCUCGGCGUUUAUUGGCGUCGGCUUCCGCGACAGGGGAGACAGCUUUGAUUUUAACGUCGCUCUCCAGGAUCAUUAUAAAUGGGUAAAGAAUGCGAAUGCUCCUUCCGAUCCGGGCAAUGUAAAGCCUCUCAAUCUUGGUCUUGCGGAAGGGCAAACGAUCAAAAUCAACUUAUCCGGAAAGAUGGGCGAAGGCCGAGAAAGACCAAAGCAGGCAGCGAGUACAAGUGGAAUUUCUCUUCUUCCGCCUCCUCCAUCAAAAACCAACCCAGCAGCCCCAGCUGCUCCAGGAACCGCUUCUGGAAAUUUGCUGAAUCUCGCCCCUCCUCCCCAGCCCGCCGCUCCCAGCAGCUCGACAACAGAUGACGAUUUUGGAGAUUUUUCCGCGCCCACUACGCAGAGCUCGAACUGGGUCUCGUUUUAA